AUGAGUCCCUUUAAGAAGCUCGUUCUUUUGAUCUUAUUCAUUUCUUUCAUGGUCUUUGUGGCCUUCUUCGGUCGCAUACCUGCUCUUCGACGAACACCUAUAGCUGCACUGCACAGGCUAAUAUGGAUUCAAAUACCGAGAAGUAUUAUGAAAGUUGAUGAGAUUCUAACUGGAGGGAGAGUCUCGAGCUAUUUAUCUCGCUUCGGUAACCUUAUGUUGAAUGAUAGACACUGGACUGUUGUGAUCUUCUUUAUGCUCAUCAUGGUCGUGGGCGAAUACAUGUUCAUCCCUCAGGCAUGGCCAAAGAUUGGACCUCUCACAAAAUGCGUCGUCGCUAUCACGGUCUUUCUCCCUUACCUGUUUCUCUACCUGGCAUGUUCUGCCGACCCAGGAUACAUCACGCCUGAGAAUCAUGCAUAUUACAUGUCUCUCUACCCAUACGACCAUACUCUGUUUCAUCCCGGCCAUGUUUGUCGAACUUGCAAAUUUCUGAAGCCUCCUCGCUCCAAGCAUUGCAGUCUUUGCAAGCGCUGCAUCGCCAAAGCCGACCAUCAUUGCGUCUUCAUCAACUCGUGUGUUGGCUAUGGAAACCAGCACUGGUUUUUGUUGUUACUAUUCUCCACUGCUUUCCUGUGUACCUAUGGUGGUUUUCUUGGAAUGUCAAUCAUUACUGUGCGAGUGCAGAGAUACAGCCCUGGUUGGUCGAUAUGGAAACCCAGCCAUAUGACUUUCAAUCAGUAUCUGGCUGGCUGGGGUUGGGGCAUUCAAGACAAUGUCAACAUGGGAGCUUCAUCGCUUCUUGCUGCUCUUACGUCUCCGCUCGUCUGGGGACUUCUUCUUUACACACUCUAUCUUGUCUACAGCGGUACUACGACGAACGAAACCCUGAAGUGGUCAGAAUGGAAAGAAGACAUGCGCGACGGCUAUGCUUUCCGCCGGUCUAUGACGGCAGAUCGCUACAGGAACGAACGAGCUGAGCCUCACUGUGCGCGCUGGCCGGUGGAUGUGCAACAAAUCAUGGUAACGACCCAAGAUGGGCAACCUCCGCCAGAGAAUCUUCAACUUCCUGGAGAAGGUCAAUGGGAGCGUGUCUGGAACUUGAGCAGUGUUGAGAAUCUUUACGAUAUGGGACUAUGGGAUAACCUGGUUGACAUAUUUGUGCCCAACUAUGGAUUUGGACAAAGGGUAGACGAGCCGAAUGCUGAAAGAAGGCGCAGGCGCUGA